ACAAAGCAACAAAAACCCGCCAUAGCCAGCAGCUAUCGAUUUCAUGGACUCCAAUUCACAGGAGCAAAUGGCGGUGGUGGUUGCAGAAGCGGGUCAUGACUCAGUAUCAGAAUCAGGUUUCCCUUUCCCCUACUGGACACCCGCUUGUCGGAGGUUCUGUUCAGACGCUUCAUUCUUCGCGUCCGGCAGCAUAGAAAGAGAGCUUCUUGCCAAACAGGUUGCCUUAGAUUUGACUGAAGAUGAAAGGUAUCAUCUUGAAGAUAUGGAAGAUGGAAAGAACUGGAGUGUAUUUUGCCCGAUUGUUGGUUGUGGUGCACGAUUGAAUCCUUUGGAAGAUUUUGAAGAUCACUACAAUGCUCGGCAUACUGCAUCAUGUUCAGUUUGCUCUAGAGUUUAUCCAACAUCACGACUGCUCAGUAUACAUGUAUCAGAAGCGCAUGAUUCGUUUUUCCAGGCGAAGGUUGCACGUGGCAUUCCCUCGUACGAAUGCUUGGUGGAAGGGUGUGGAGUGAAGCUAAAGAGCUACAAAAGUAGGCAACAGCACCUAGUGGACAAGCAUAAAUUCCCAGCUUCAUUUGAGUUCUUCAAGAAGAAGGCUUACCACCACCCAUCCAAGAAACAGCGUCAGAAAUUUCAGCGUAAGCAAGCAAGGGUAGUAGCUGAUGAUAAUAAUGGUCAGAAGAGAGAUGAUGAUGACAAAAUGGAAGUGGAAGAAACGAUGGAUGGUCUUGUUUUGGCAGUCUCAAAAUUAAGUACCACCUCGUCCUCAGAUUCUUCUUCUCCUUCCUCUAUUAGCUUUGGGCGUCGCCAUACUCGUGGUUUCGCAUUCCUCCCUCGAUCAGUUCAGCGUGAAAGAAAACAGGAGGCUUCCUCUGCGGGAACCAAAAAAGUAUAACCUGCUCGCGGAUUCACUAUUCACUAAGUAU